GAGGAACCGAGCUCCGUGUCAACCUCGACCACCCGCGCACGUAACUGGGGACAUUUCUUGGCACAACGCCUCUAACACUCACCACCAUGACGGGCUUUUGCAAAGAGACCGAGGAAGCACGUCCCAUCAAACGUGCUCUCUCUCCAGGGGUCUACACGCCUCUGCCCACAUUCUUUGAUGAUGAUGAGGAGCUGGAUCUCGACAGCUACCGAAAGCACCUGCUUGAGACCACUCGUGCAGGCGGAAAGCCUGUGUGUGCUGGCUCACUAGGAGAAGCAGUUCAUUUGACGCCGGAGGAGCGCAUCAGACUUAUCUCAUUUACGCGCAAGACCCUUGAUGCCGAGCCAGGCCUCGUGGACGUGCCAAUCGUAGCAGGAGUAGGCGGCGCGAGUACCCGAGAAAGUGUUGCUCUUGCACGCGAUGCGGCCCGGGCGGGAGCAGAUGCAGGGAUGGUCAUUUUGCCAGCAUACUACGCCCAGAGCUUGUCGUCCGAUACGUCCCAGAUUGUGCGAUACUAUCAUGACAUCUGUCAUGCCUCCCCAAUCCCAAUCCUUCUUUACAAUUUCCCAGCGAACUCGGCUGGCCAGGACAUGUCUUCCGACACAAUCGCUCAGAUCAUCCUCUCCUCUCCCGGUCUCUGUGGAGUAAAGUUAACCUGCAGUGGCAAUAUCGGCAAGCUGAUUCGGCUGAAGUCGGCGCUCUCGCCCAUUUUGGACAGAAAAGAUUUUCUGUUCCUCGACGGUUUCAUCUCCGAUUGGACAGCUUGGCAGGCUGUGGGUGGACACGGGACAGUCAGCGGUCUAUCCAACUUUGCGCCUCGUACUGUGGCUAGACUAUGGCAUCUGCUUCAGAAGCAAGAGCUGACCGAGGAAGAGACGAGAGAAAGAGACAUGCUCCAAGCGAUUAUGUCUCAAGCGGACACCUCAGCAGUGCCCAUGGGGGUGAGGGGGAUGAAGUACAUUCUCAGCAUAAGGCACGGCUACAGCGUCAACCCCAGACGUCCUCUUCUGCCACUGGACGAAGAAGCAGGAAAGCACUUCUUGGCCAAGUUGCAGCCGGUCCUGGCGAUCGAAGACCGUCUGAAAAAAGGCAGUAGUGAUGUGGUAGCAUCCUAGGCGGUAUCAAUCUAUGCUCUAUGUUCAUGACGUUCGGUGCUGCAUAGCUUUGCAUAGUAAUCGAUCAUUCAAUUUCACCCUUGGGUCGGAAUCUAUCAAAUGC